CAUGAGUGGACCUUAUCUAGACGAAGUUGGAUACAUUCAUUGCUAUGAAAAGAAAGGAACCAUCUAGAAGGAUAUAAAUCGAGACUCCGUAAUUGAACUAGUCACCACCUUACAUAUAUCGUCCGUCUCGAGUCUGGACUUCCAUAAACUUGGGUCCCUUUCAGUUUCCACUUCUGGGUGCAUCUGUGAUUUAUUUUUUUUUGUGUUUUGAACCUGUUUUGUUUAAUUGCUGACGCCGCGUCCUUGUGGACGCAUAUGGAGUGCAAUCGGUCACGUCUUGGGUUUGAAAAAAUUGUGAGCGCAUGCGUGCAGGAGAGCCCCAUCGCGGCACAGAUCCUGGACUUCUACGACGACGACGGCAGCGAUCUCUUCCCCCACUACGAUACCCAACUACUCCGCUCCUCCGACGACGUCUCCACCUCCUAUGCCGCCCCCUCCGUCUCCGUCUCAGCCACCACUGCACCUCUCUGCUGCUCCAACGAAGCCUCUUUUAGCCCCUCCGCCGCCAACGUCUGCUCCCCCUUCCUCUCCAUCGACGCCGCCACCCUCUCCGCCCUCCUCGACGCCCCGCGGCCGCCGCUCCCCGGGGUCGAUCACCCGUCCCCGACCAACCCCUCCUCGAUGUUCCCGGUCCCACCGCAGUCCGUCGGGGACCAGCACCAGCACCAGAUGAUGGACCCCUUCGCCCCGAUCGGGCUAACGGAUCCGAUCCCGGUUGGCGGGUACGGCGCCUACUCGCCCGAGUCCGUGGCGCCGAUCCACAUAGGGGGCCCAUCGGCGCAGCAGCAGGCGUUGGCGUACGAGGAGGAGUGCCUGGCGGCGAUGGCGGGCGGGCUCGUGGGGUUGGAGGCGGCGGUGCAGCCGCCGUCGUUCGCGUUUCCGGAUGGGGGUGGCAUCGGGGCGUUGUACCAUCAGGGGCGGAUGGUCGGAGGAGAAGGGCCGCAGGGCUUCUUUAAUGCGGGGAUGAUGAUGGUGGGACCCAGGGGGCAGGUGGCGGAAUACCAGCCAUUGGUUGAGGGGGCGGGAAACGUGGGGAUCUACGGCCCGGAGCGGGUCUACAGCUCCGGCGACCUGCAGCAGGUGCCAACUUCAAACUUCGCACUCGAACGUCUCUGCUCUUAUAUUCUCUUUUUCUUCUUUUACUAAUUAAUAUUUCAAUUUAUGAACGACUUGUUUGAUUAAAAAUCAAGUUAAGCUUCAGUUACAUUUUGACGACACGGCUAGUAAAUAGACUAGGACUCUGGUCAUCUUCUCAUAUAAAUAAGUAUCUACUUAGAUUCAACUGGAGAAUUAGCUGGAUCAGAGUGUUCGAUGAGCCAUAUCCGAAGACUCUGAACUCUGAACAUAGGUUUUUGUUUGGUUUUCCUACAAUGGAGCUUGGUCAUCCUUUUGAAACAAUGAGUAAUCUGAUGGCAUAAAGGUCAGCUUACAUUGGCUUAGUUCAGCAUCUUUAGCCUAAUUAACCAAGACAACAGCAUCUUAAGCCUACCUAUACAUUUAUUAGCGUGCAAAAGGGUCGGGACCUGUCUUUCAUACUUUAAACCUAACUUAAUUGUAGGGCUACUGGUCUAAGAUAUGGACCCAUACCAGACUCACUCACUCCAUCUACUGAUCAGCUCUGUUUAGGUCCUGUCUGAAUUCUAGAAGUUAGAUCUCAAUCUUUGAACACCUUUUUAGAGUGGUUGGUUGUAGGGAAAAUAGUACUAUUAAGAUCCAAUCUUACUAGAUCCAAAUCAUACCUAAGUUUUUUUUUUUGUCUCGAUUCACUGGUUCAUCUAGAAGUUAAUUAUAGGAAGCCAACCAGAAAGAAUCUGGUUCACUCUAGACCUACUAAACAACAGCUCGUUCCAUAAGGUGAUGCUGCGCAGACAUUUGUCAUGGAUUAGAUGGCUUUGGGUUUUAUAUGCCAAGCCACACAUAUAACUUACAGCCCCACCAAUUGCACUGCCAUGCCCAACAAGAGUGCUCCAAACAGCGAGAAAUGUUCCUGGACACCUGGAAUUGUUGAUAUAUCACUCAACUUCCAGAGUUUCUUGAGUUCCUCUAGAUCAUGGAGUUGGGCACCACACUUUUUUGUUGAGUCUGACUGGAAUCGGGUUGUACCUCUUGUAUGAAAGAAUGAUUGAUCUUUUUUCAUGACAUCGACCAUUGGAUGGCACUUUGCACAGCUCUCAAGACACUCUUAACUCCUUGAGACAUCCGUCUGCAUAGAUCUUAAAAUAAUUAUUGCACGAUCUAAUGAUGAUGCGCACGAAAGAAGGUGAAUCAUUCUUUCGCGUGAAACAUACAACCACCCCUAUCCAAUCUGACUGCAGAAUGUAGUAAGCCAACAACUUUUUGACCUUCAUGUGCAUCAAUAAUUGUGCAUCUACAAGGCAGCAUGAAGAAUCAAACCUCUCGAUAGGCCAGGAACUCUUUGGAAUGGUUGACUGGCUUUGCUAACCAUCCUACAACCAACAAAUGAAAUUUUUGUAAUGGUGCACUGACCAUCAUCAAGUUUGUUCCUUUCUAAGGUGAUUGGAGGAAAUCAGCAUCUGAUGGGUGGGUGCAGCGGAGGGCCAACACCAUUACCAGCAUCAGACAUCUCAGCAUUAGAUGAGUCCACCUUCAAAGUUGGUCGCCUCUCUGCGGAAGAGAGGAAGGAGAAGAUCCAUAGAUACAUGAAGAAGAGGAAUGAACGAAACUUCAGCAAAAAGAUCAAGUAUGCCUGCAGGAAAACUCUAGCAGACAGCCGGCCCCGUGUCCGAGGGCGAUUUGCAAAGAACGAUGAGUUUGGAGAGGCAACAAGACCCACCUCAAGCCACCAUGAAUUUGAUGAGGAGGAGGAAGUGGUGGCGAAGGAAGAAGAAGAUAUACAUGAUUCCUCAGAUAUACUUGCCCACAUCAGUGGCGUGAAUUCCUUCAAAUACAACUACACACUGGAGUCCUGGAUAUGAGUCAUAUGACUGCUAUGUGUGGCCAUUCACCAGCGGGUAUAAUCUGCCAUCCCGUUCAAAUAAAAGGAAUGGCAUGGAGAUUGUUUUUUCCAGUAGUGUUGUAUAACACAAUUUGCAUGAUUGCAGAAACAGGAAGAGAUUUCCUUCCCAUUCUCUUGUUAUCUUGUUUCAACGUCGAAGACCCGUAUCUGGGCAUUCCAUACAUACUUCACACUAAAAAAUAAAGCUGGAAUCUUUAUGCCCUAAAGAAAGCUAUAACAACAGUCAGAAUGACCGAAGUUAUAGAGAAAAAAGUCCAGUAUAUGAAAUGUUAGCUUACAUUGUAUACUAUCAUGCACAUAUGUAAAUGUUACCUUGAUAAAUGACUUAAUUGUAAGCAAUGAAGUUGACCUCUUUGGUCGCUCUUAUGCAGGGAGGGAACAACACCUAUUAUUUGCACUAUUUUUCACAAUAAAAUAAAUUAUGCUUUGUGGAAUGCUU